CUCCCACUCUAAACUUGUUGUUACCCUGGAGCUGAAUUUGUUUGAAUAGGCUGCAGUGACUGCCUGUAUUACCCAGAGCAGAGACAGAGAAAGAUCAGCGUGGGAUAAGGAAAGUCACUAGCAGACACUGAAGGAAGUUUCUACUUCUGUACUUUACUAGAAGGAUCUGUCAAACUGCAGCUCACAACGAAAACAGACUUGUCCUUGGAAGAUUCCCGGUUAAGCGACAGGAGAAAGAAGAUAAAGAUCUGACGAGAAGAGAAAAUUGGAAGAGGCAGCAAUUGGAUUGCUGUAAUCUGGAGACAGCGAGAGAAGAAUUUGGUCUUUUGGAUUUAGUCUGGACACACCUCUGUCCUGGUUCAGUCUAAUCAUUUGUAGUGCAGCACGUGCCUCGAAGCCUCCUGAGUUGUAAACUUCCAGAUGACAGUACUGAGCACUUUGUGAAAGCACACAAUACAAACAAAUAGCCUCCUCUACUAGCGGCCACACUUGCACCCAAUGUGAUACACACUGCCACCUGGAACUCUACAAUAUUGACGCUUUUCUGGGGAAGUCGCUGGAUUACUGGAAUUUGUAGACUUGGAUAACUUUGUUGGUGAAGAAUCCACCAUGGCUUUGUCAUCUCCAAAAGUGAGCACAAAAAAGAAGCCACCUGAGCCUUCUCUGAAUGGCAAGGAACAGGAUUUUAUCUUCCUAUCAAAAAACAUUGUGCUUGUGGUGGAAAGAUGCAUGAGUUCUAUGCAAGCUGGUACCCAAAUGAUCAAACUCCGGGGUAGUUCCAAAGGUUUGGUGCGUUUUUAUUACCUUGAUGAGCACAAAUCCUGUAUAAGGUGGAGACCCUCGAGAAAGAAUGAAAAGGCCAAGAUUUCCAUUGAUUCCAUUCAGGAGGUAUGUGAGGGGAAACAGUCUGAGAUUUUCCAGCGCUAUGCAGAUGGAAGCUUUGAUCCAAACUGCUGUUUUAGUAUCUACUACGGGGAUCACAUGGAGUCUUUGGACCUGGUGUCCUCAAGUGGCGAAGAGGCACGCACAUGGAUUACUGGCUUGAAAUACCUCAUGGCAGGCAUAAGUGAUGAGGACAGUCUUUCCAAGCGUCAAAGAACACGCGACCAAUGGUUGAAGCAGACAUUCGAUGAGGCAGACAAGAAUGGAGAUGGGUGCUUGAGUAUUAAUGAGGUCUUACAACUCAUGCACAAACUGAAUGUCAACCUCCCACGACAGAAAGUGAAGCAGAUGUUCAAGGAGGCAGACACUGACGAUAACCAAGGCACCCUUGGUUUUGAUGAGUUCUGUGCAUUUUAUAAGAUGAUGUCAACAAGAAGGGAUCUAUACCUGUUAAUGCUUACAUAUAGCAACCACAAGGACCACUUGGAUGCGGAUGACCUAAAACGAUUCCUAGAAGCUGAACAAAAGAUGAUGAAUGUGACAAAGGAAAACUGCUUGGCUAUUGUUGAUAAAUUUGAACCAUGUCCGGAGAAUAAAAAGCAAGGGGCUCUUGGAAUAGAUGGUUUCACCAACUAUAUGCGCAGUCCAGCAGGCGAUAUCUUCAAUCCAGACCACUAUCAAGUGAAUCAGGAUAUGACCUUACCCUUGAGCAACUAUUUCAUUGCAUCCUCUCACAAUACAUAUCUAAUGGGAGAUCAGUUAAUGUCUCAGUCUCGGGUAGACAUGUAUGCGUGGGUAUUACAAGCCGGCUGCCGUUGUGUGGAGGUUGACUGUUGGGAUGGACCCGAUGGAGAACCAAUAGUUCAUCAUGGCUAUACAUUAACCUCUAAAAUUCUUUUCAAAGAUGUGAUAGAAACUAUUAACAAAUAUGCAUUCAUCAAAAAUGACUACCCUGUCAUCUUGUCUAUUGAAAACCACUGCAGUGUGGUACAGCAGAAGAAGAUGGCUCUGUACCUGAUUGAAAUCUUGGGCGAUAAAUUAAAUCUCUCUGAUGUAGUCAAUGAAGAUUCAGCAAAACUGCCUUCGCCAGAAAGCCUAAAAGGGAAAAUAUUAGUGAAGGGAAAGAAGCUUCCUGCCAGUAUCAGUGAUGACGCAGAGGAAGGAGAAGUUUCAGAUGAAGACAGUGCAGAUGAGAUUGACGACGACUGCAAGCUAAUAAAUGGCGAUUGGAAGGCAUCUGCUAACAGAAAGCAAGUGGAAAACAUUGCAAAGAAGAAACUUGACUCGCUGUUGAAAGAAUCAAAAAUCCGAGACCGUGAGGAUCCUAACAAUUUCACUGUCACCACACUGCCACCAUCUGGGAAACUCAGCCAGAAACCAGAAUUAAAAAAGAAAUGUAGCUCUGGAUCUAAAGGAGAAAGGGCUUUGAGUAAAACUGAGGAAGAAGUUGAGUCUGGAGAGGAACCAAGCCCCAACAAGAGACACGGUCGUUCUUUGAUGGGAAGUUUUUCCAAGCACAAGAAAAAGGGUAGAAGAAUCAAGAAGUGCUCAAGCCUAGAAGAGGAGGAAGAGAGUCUGGAGCGUCAGGGAAGCUUAGCAAGAGCUUCAGUACAUUACAGCAGAAUAAACAGACAAAAGAAAACCAUGAAGCUGUCAAGAGCUCUGUCUGACCUGGUAAAAUACACCAAAUCAGUUGGUAUCCAUGAUGUGGAAACUGAAAUCUCUUGCAGCUGGCAAGUAUCAUCAUUUAGUGAAACAAAAGCUCACCAGAUCCUUCAGCAAAAACCAGCUCAGUUUGUCCGAUUUAACCAGCACCAGCUCUCUCGUAUUUAUCCAUCAUCUUACAGAGUCGACUCCAGUAACUACAACCCACAGCCAUUUUGGAAUGCGGGUUGUCAAUUAGUUGCUUUAAACUACCAGUCUGAAGGAAGAAUGUUGCAGUUAAACCGAGCCAAGUUCAACAGCAAUGGAAGUUGCGGCUAUGCGCUGAAGCCGAAAUGCAUGUGUCAAGGUGCCUUUAAUCCUAAUUCUGAAGAUCCUUUACCAGGACAAUUGAAGAAACAGCUUGUUUUACGAAUAAUCAGUGGCCAACAGCUUCCAAAGCCAAAAGACUCCAUGCUAGGAGAUCGUGGAGAGAUCAUUGAUCCUUUUGUAGAAGUUGAGCUUAUUGGUUUGCCGGUGGAUUGUUUCAAAGAACAAACACGAGUUGUUGAUGAUAAUGGAUUCAAUCCUAUGUGGGAGGAAACCCUUGUGUUUACAGUGCACAUGCCAGAAAUCUCGUUAAUUCGUUUCCUUGUGUGGGAUCAUGAUCCUAUUGGCCGGGAUUUCAUUGGACAAAGGACUCUUUCAUUUAGCAGCAUGAUGCCAGGCUAUCGACAUGUGUACUUGGAAGGUAUGGAGGAGGCAUCCAUCUUUGUUCAUGUAGCAAUCAAUGACAUCAGUGGUAAGUGGACUUCUCUGUGUCAAAAAUCUACUUUUAGAAGCAGAGACAUUUUAGGAGCCAUGAAGGUCAAACAGGCCGUAGGCUUAAAAGGACUCUUUCUGAGAAAUCCAAAGCAAGCUUCUCUGGACAGUCAUGCUGCUGGACAGCUCAAUCGGAAACAUUCCAUUAGUAGCAACAUUUUAAGGAGAACUGCAAGUGCUCCUACUAAGGGCCAACAAAAAAACAAAAAGGGCUUCCCAGAAAUUGCCAUUGACUCCAAAGAAAACAGCUCAGAAGGACCUAGUGAAGAUCGGGAGACUGAUGAUUCGUCUCUGCCCCGCUUUGAAAAAGAUCCUGAAAGUGCUUCUCCAGCUCUUCCUUCUAGGGAUGGCACUAAUGUGGAAUUAAACAGCAAGAGUUUAAAAGACCCCCGACAAUUAUCACUUUAUAGAUCAGCCACUUCUUUAUGCAGUCUUGAAACCAUUAAAGAAGAGCCUCUCUUUGCCAAGGAUACAUCUCCCACAAGUCAAGCUUUUCCCCAGCCUGUCGACUGUAUUAGAAAUUGUGAAAGCACCGUGUGUGAUUAUUCCAAGGAAUCUCAGUCUGAAUGUGGAAGCCCAGCUAUUAACUCUGAAAAUGUACAACGACCAAGCAAACUGAAUGUUGAGCCAGCCAUAAUAAAGGUGCUUGCUAUAAGUAAUGGACCGCAUCCACAUAAUGGAAAAGGUCAUUCAGGAAAAGUAUACAAUGACAGGAAUGGGAAAGUACUCAGUUCGGUCAGUGGGAAAAGUGACAGCACAAGUCUGAUUCAUUCAUCCCAGAUUAAGCCAGGAAUGUCUUUGCUUGCUGAUGUUUCAAGAAAUGGUAAUGAACAAUGUCAAGUCAAAGGUAACCAAGCAGCACAAUCUUCCUUUCAUGCUAGUAAUAUGUCCAUUGCAAAUAGAAUGGUGUGCACUAAUCCAUCUGAUCAACAAACCAGGCCAAAACCAAACAUGAACCAUUUGAUUGUUCCUCCUGUUCAAAGAUUGCAGUAUGACAGGCCUGAGUCAAAGCCCUCAGUGGUUCAUGCUGGCAAACACACACCUGUAAGGAGAACAAAGAGUGAGGGCUAUGUUGUUUCAGACUGCUCAGCCUUAAGCUUAAAUUCUACAUGUCAGUCCCCUGUGGCUGAAGUGUAUUCUGAUGCCACAGUUAAUGAUAGAAUUUGGAGCAAACUGGAGUUAAACACUCAUAGGGACAGUAUGUCUUCGUCUUCCAGCAAGUCAUCCAAUGACACAGUCAUUGAUCUGUCUUUGCCUAAUUUAGCCCGAAAAAGCUUUGUGGAUCUUGACAUCUCUGAUGAUAACUUUGAGAAUAUACAUAUAAACAAUACCAUUCGGCCAAGAUCCGCAACUUCUUUAACAAAGGAAAUGUCACUAGGAGUAACGAAAAGUAAAUCUAACCCAAAUUUAGUAUCCAGUAACCAAGCAAUAGAUGAACUCUCUCCUAGACCACUGGCUAGAAGUCCUGGAGAAGUGUUGCCGCCACCCUUGCCACGAAGGAACACCUGGAAUAGAUUAUAUAUGGACAGCCUUAAACAGACAAAUAAAAAGCCCAAUCUUGAAAAUAAAGCAUCAACUAACCAGUCAAUGUCAAAAAGUCUUGGAGACUUGACUUCAGAUGACAUUUCAUGUAAUUUUGAGAGUAAAUACAGAAGUAUAAGCAGAAGUUUCAUUACUACAUCAAUGAGGGCACAAAGAAGACCAGCCGGUAUAAAGGGUUCAGUGAAGUCUUCCGAUUCAUUGACAGAACAGCUGAAAAAGCUAACAAGCUUUCAGAAAGAAAAUGACAUCACAUCCCCAACUGAUUUUGAAUCUGUUCAGUGUGAGAAUGGAGACACCGCCUUCCUUCGAAGGACCUCCUCCAGGAGUCAGAGUAGAGUAAGGUAUAUUGCAAACAGAGCCAAGCAGGCUCAAGAAAGGCAAAGGCUCCAAAACAUGUGCCGGAUAAAUGGAAAUUCCAUAGAAGAAAGAGGGAAUCCAGAAGGAGCAUGUGCAAUAACUCAAGGGAUCUGUAUGGAUUCUCUUUCUCCCACACAGUUUACAUCUGAAACUUUGAACAAAUUUGGACCCUAAUUAUAUAAUUCUGUAGAAAAAAAAACAAACUUAGCAUUUCUAUUCAUGUUAACUGUGUAUAUGAUAAAGUUGUCCAUAGAAGAUAUACCUCGAGAGAUGGAAUUUAAAAAAAAAACAAAAAAAAAACUGGGGACAGCUAGAGCACUUAAAGUACUGUAUAUAUAUAUUUUUUUGAACUAGCAAGUUUACAAUGGGCCUGCAGUCCCCCACAAAUCUGCAUUACAGUUAUUACUUUUUUCUAUAAAGAAAAGUUGGUCGUUGACAUCCACUUCUGGCCUCUCCUGUACUACUGCCUAUCCUAACAUUCUGGUCGAUCCAUUAGGCCUCUAACAGUAUGUUACCCUUUCUCCCACAACUGCCAGUGUGAUACAAUGUGAUAUUUUUAAAAUGCUGCUGUACAUAGCACCUUUGAGGUACACUUUUAUUUUCUUUUUUGCACUGCCAUAAAAAAUAUAUAUAAAAGGUAUGUUUUAAAAAAAAAAAAAUGACAUUUUAAACUUCAUCCUAAUGUAUUAUGGCUGUACGACAAUAAUUAUGUCAACUUUGUUUUUUUUAUAGUUUUUAGGGAUGUUUUUUAAUUAGACUUUUCAUUUAUAUUAAGCUUGAUGUACAUUUUAGAGAAGCAAAUGAUUUAAAAGUGUAUGUUCAGCACCAUCCAUUUACCAGUCCUGUUGCUCUUUUUUUUAUUAGUUUUUCCAUCUUUAAUUAAAUAUUAUAUGUAAUGAAACAUUUUAACACGAUGUUUGUAAGUCAGAAAAAAAAUCUAUUAAAUAAAAUUAUUUAACCUUA